CAGGUGCUGCUGGACGUAGAGCUGAUGAUCUGGGAGCUGCUGCCGGCGCCCCGGGCGGGCGGCGCGGCUCAGGAGAGCGCCAGUCGAGCCUGAGCAAGACGGGGUUGCAGGUGGAGCACGCGGAGGCAACUGUCAACGAGUGCUCGUCGGGCGAGGGCGCGCUGGACCUGCCGGCGGAAGGCGCGGAUGCUGCUGCCGAGCAGAGCUCGUCGGGCGAGAGCCUGCCGGAGCUCCAGGCAGAGCGCUCGGAUGCCACUGCCGACCGGUGCUCUUCGGUCGAGAGCCGGCCGGCUGUGUCGGCGGAGCGCGCGGAUGCAGUUGCCGACCAGUGCUCCUCGGACAAUAGCCAGCCGGAGAUGUUGGCGAAGCGCGUCGGGUGGAGCUGCAGGUGGAACGGUCUAGCUGUUUUUUGUUCCACUUCCCCUCGCUGAGUCGAGUCCAGUAAACGGAGGAAUUACGACGCCAGGCUGCCACGUCAAAGCACGGGUUGCAACGCCCGCAAAGGGAUAUUCGGACUGAGAAACCUGAACACGUGCCAAGGGUGCCCCGAGAAGGUGGGUGCGAAGGUACCCUGCUUCUGGGUCUCAUCCUGAUGGCAGGGUCCGUUUGACCUCCCGUCGUCAGGGUUUUGCGGCCUCCCUCGCCCAAGGUCAAGGUCGAGGGCGAACACCGAGAUCUGAGGCCACGGGCCCCGCGACGGCGCCUGGUGCUCGCAGCACCUAAGGUGGGAAGGGAUUGCAGCCCUUCGCUCAUCCUGCCGCUCGUCCUCCGACCCCCUCUGCUUACAAUUAUGUGACCUGCUCACUUGAACCCCACAGCAAUUUCACCAGUCGCGGGGGCAGCUGGCAGUUUGGCCACGGCGUUACAGUGCAGGCAAGGUCCCCAGUAUGAAGACGCUGUGGCUUGGCUCCCGUUUGACUUUGCAUGUUUUUUGCGGUGGACCCGCAGGCCAUCAGUGUAUCCACGCCGAUGUCCUGGUUGAUCGGGUCAGCGACUGAAUUGCAAAGGUUAGAGGUCGGCGUCGAAGGCGACACCAGCCUCAAAAGUAGAUUGCAGCUCCUGCGCUAAGUGACACCCACAGAUCGCACCCAGUUGUCCAGAUGGCCAUAAUUCACAUUCUCUGGACAUGCGUGAAGCCAUUGCAAUGCAAUGCCUAGCUUCGUGUGCCACUGGCGCGUUCUGACGAACUAGCUACACGGACUAAUCCUAAGAAGGCUUGCGGUCGAAUUGAUUGCUUUCUGAAGUGCUGCCUCUGGAUUGCAUCCAGCGGUUCAGUGGUGAUUGCUCGUGGUGCAGCUGAGAGUUGUGAGCAGGAUGCACAGGCCCAGAGCAUCACAUUAGCACCGUUGUUGCAGGUAUUGCUGCAAGCGGUAGCGAUAGUUCUCGUGCCUCUGUAUUCUUGCCGGGGCUCUAUUUUAAUAGCCAGCUUCAUUCGAGCCUUGGCGGUAGCACUUGCCCUUUGAUGGCGAGUGGUCUGCCUGGGAUAACUUGAUUGCACAGUGGUGUGAGGAGUUGGUAGUGUAUGGGUGCACGCUCUGUACAAACCAGAGCUGUUGCGUGGGAGAAUAGUUACUGCGCGUGACGGCUGGGCACUUGCCCAACACUGCGUCACCUGCACCAUCUAUCCGCUCUGCGACUCUUAGCUCAGCUCAUGCAGCGAUAGCGAUCGCCGUUCCCCGAAGCCGCACUCUGCCACUCGCUCCUUGGAUUUGCCAUUGCCUCGCUCAGGUCUCCACCGCAGCAGGUGACAGCGACGGGAGCCAGGUGUUCGACGUCAUGAGGUUUUCGUGGCGUGGGCUCUUCUCGACAUGUCGAUCCCCCAACCCUGGGGAUUGCUCUUUCCCAGAGCGCCGGGAGGGAUUCCCGUUGUGCGUUCCCCUGGGGGGCCCUUGAGGGGACCCCUCGAAGUCUGGCCGCGGCCACGCGGGAGAAGCCCGGCGGGCAGCCGGCGGAAGCCGGCGGGCGGCGGCCGCCCGCGGCACGAAUGGUUUCAGAUGGCUACCAGAUGGCCCAG